AUGUCUUCGUCCGACUCUUCCAGCAUUGCAGAGGUUGUUUUUAUAUCUCAGAGCGUGAGAACGAACUACACCAUCGACAUGUUGAUUGCGACGCUGCUUGUGUAUGACGCGCUUCUCUGCGUAGACAUGGAAGUCCGAUACGUCUGGCGGGCACCCAAGGCUUCGCGCAAGCUCUCGCGGUUACUGUACAUAUACAACAGGUACAUGUCCAUACUAUGGAACCUUCUCUCACUUGGGACUAUUGGCGCAAUUUCGGACACCGUACACAUCCUGGGCACUCCUGAAACCGUUCCGCCGAGCAGAUGUACUGCACUCAAUUGGCUCGACAUCAUCUUAAACAAUCUGACCAUGCUCGGGCCUGCAGCCUUCACCACCCUGAGAGUCUAUGCGCUCUCCGGGAGGAACAAGAUGUUGACCGGUGCUGUACUGCUGUUGAGCAUGGGCCCGUUCCUCGUCAAUAUGAGCACAGUGUACCAGCUUGUACCAAGCAAUCUACCACCGCCCAUACUGGUAGCCCUGAACAUAGCAGACAUGGUCAUUGUCGUAUUAUUGUUAAACCAAUCAGAUGUGGCCAAUGCAUUUAACUAUGUUGACUUCUUCAUUGACCCCAUCAGCUCAAUCUUGAACUCCCGCUUUCUGCUCGCCCUCUACGAGACAAAUGCCCGCCUUGAAAGAGGAGGAUCCUCUGUUUCGUCAUUUUCGACACUCGAUUUCGGCGAAGCCGAUCCGAGAGCGGCGGGGUCUCCGGAGCUCCCGGAAUUCCUCCACUCUCUCGCCAGUCCCAUCCAUUCCUUCCCCGACCAUGAUCCGGAGCUGUUUGACCCGGAGCCGGCAACGGUACAGCAAGAUCCAGGGCACGAGGGGGAGGUGGGCACGGAAUCUAAACUUGAAGUGGGGGCACAGGCGAAGAAACCGGGAGAUGUAGAGGAGGCCACUGGUGAGGUUGAAGGGCCGGCGCGAGUGUGA